CAGUAGGCCUAGCUUUAAUGUGCAAUGAUCUGAAAUGUUAAGACUAAGUUUAGUAAUGAAUGAAACUUAUUAACUUUUUAAAAUUGAAUUCCAUCAUUACAUACUUAAUAAGAAAAAGAUUAGGCUACAAUACUGUCAACAAAUAGCAAUCAAUGCAAGACAUCUACCGUUAUCUAAUCUCAGUGUUAUCCAUAUGUAACUCAGUUGGAUGGCGUCAGUAUUCCAUGAAAAAAGUUUCAGAUUCAAUUAUCGAGCUUCAGUUAAAAAAUAAAAGAUUACAACAGGAACUGAUUCGAAACCGAUAAACUUAAUUGCAAAGUUUUGACAUUCACGGAAGUGUGAGAAAUUAAUAUCUGAAAGAAAACAUUGUCAUUGGCAAAAUAAGUAAACAGUACAAGAAUGGGAGUACCAAAAUUUUACAGAUGGAUAAGUGAACGUUAUCCAUGCCUGAGUGAGGUGGUUAAGGAAUUCCAGGUUUGAAUACAAUAAUUAAAACAAUAGUUGAAUUAAAUAAGUAUUGAAAAAUAAAUCUAAAAAAAACCCAAACUGGCUAAACCCAAACAUGCUGACAUGCUUUUUAGAAGCAAAAACCAGAACCACAUAGACAAUGCCGCUGUGAACUCGACAUCAGUCGAAAACUUCAAGGCUGCCCUGGCAUCAGCUAGGAGCUGUUAGACUAGCAACAUCUUUCCCCGAACCGUUGCACAGAUGCCAGUAUAUGGAUGCAGCAACGAACACUACCAGAACCAGAAUAAAUUGGCACUGACCUGCACUUAUCCUUUAUAUUUUAUAUGUCUGGUCUGAACUUGCUGAGACAACUCAAACAAAAGGAGCUUACAAAUACCUUGGACUGGGAGACUCAUUUGCAAGCUGGUGAAACCAGCAAGACAGUACAGUGACUAAGAGUACCUAGGCUAGGCGAGGAGAAAUGAAUAAUAAUAAACUAUAAGGCGCCAUACUGCCUUAUUGCCUUCACGUCGUCAGUGGUAUUUAUUUUGUUGGAUCAGGAUAACUUGGUCAUUACAUUAGGAGAAAUAAAAUUAAGUUAACACAUUUAUUAGUCCCACUAAUUACUUUCAUUUUAAUUAAUAAAUUGGCUUGUUAUAGUUAUUAUAGACUAUGUUUAGUAUGGACAUUGGUAUGACAUCAGGGAUGAUUUACAUAUUUCUACGCCAUUUUAUUAUUCAUUGUUUUACAAUAAAUAUGGCCAGCAUAAGAGUCCCAAAACUUAAGACUGAUUUCCAAAUAGGGACAUUUACUAAGAUAUGAUAAUGGAGGAAAAAAACAAUUUAUACGAAACACUAAUAUUGGCUAAUAGGUUGUCAGUCCUAGUCUAAUAGUUAAUAGUCAAUAUCUUCAAGCAAUCCCCUUAUCCGCAAACUGCUAUUAGUGAGACCAUACCUACCUACCUACAUGCCCAGUUACCCACAUACUGUAGCAUCACAAAAUGUAAAAUUGCAAGUUUGAAAAAGAUCACUCAAGUUGGCUUCAUAAGAGAUUGUAUUUAAAUACAAUAGCAGAAUGCCAACAGAAAAUGGUACUACCGGAGCGUCUGGUGUGCUUUCCAUAUGAUCAGUGGCGUAGUUAGAGUUUGUGAUGUCUGGAGUGAGUCAUGAUUUAUGAUUCAAUGUAUUUCACUCCAGAAAGACAAAAAAUAUAAUUGUAAAAAGUGGCAUCACUAUGUGUGGUGGGUGCAGACUCCACAAAAUGACACCAUCACAGGUGAUUACACCUAAUUGGAAAAUGGCAAAUUUAACAAAUGGUAGUUAAAUAUAAAAGCAGGGUGCCACACACCAACUUUUUAAUUAAUCAUUAUAGCAAUUACUUAACAUGAAUUACAAUUAUUAUUGCAUAAAUCUUUCUUUUUUUAUUUUCCUGUAGACCUUUUUACUAUUACCCUCACUUUGAAUUUAAAGAAAAAAAGCAUGCAACUUUACAUGAUAGUAUUAUGUGCAUUGUCACUGUAUUAACAUGUUUAGGACUUCUUAUGGCAUAAAAUUUUUGCACUGUAAGUUUAUAUAUAGGAGCUGAUUUGUUUUGGCCAUCAUUUAAAAAAAAAUAUGAUAACUUAUUUAAAAAAAAAAAAAAAAAAAAAAAAAAAAAAAAAAAAAAAAAAAAAAAAAAAAAAAUUAUGGAAUAAAAUUUUUGCACUGUAAGUUUAUAUAUAGGAGCUGAUUUUUUUUGGCAAUAAUUUAAAAAAAAAUAUGAUAACUUAUUUAAAAAAAAAAAAAAAAAUAAAUAAAUAAAGUUAACAAAUAAAAUAACAUAAUAAUGUAUGCAUUUUGAGUAAAAGAUUUUAGGAAAAUGUUUACCUAAAUAUUAACUUAAAUAGAUUUGUUUUAAUUUUCUUUGUGUCAAAGAGUUACAAUAUUGUUGUUAAAAGUAUAUUGAAAUUAAUUUCUUUUUUCUAUGUUCCUUCUCGCCUUUUCAUAGCUACCAGAGUUUGAUAAUCUGUAUUUGGAUAUGAAUGGAGUAAUACAUGUGUGCUCACAUCCAGAUGAUGAAAACCCUCACUUUCGUAUCACAGAAGAGAAAAUAUUUAAAGACAUAUGCCAUUACAUUGAUGUGAGUACCAAUCAUUAUGUUCAUAUUGUGUUUUAUUUAAACAUUAUUUGAGACAACUUGUUUAUGCUUUACUUGUUGACACCAUGCUUUACAUUCAGAUCUCAACAAUAUUUCAUGCGUUAAAUCUUUUGUUGUUAUUGAAUAGGCCUGAUCCAUUUCUGCCUCUCAUUUUUAUUCUACAGUUUUUGUUUCGCAUGAUCAAACCAAAAAAAGUAUUUUUCAUGGCUGUUGAUGGAGUUGCACCAAGAGCUAAGAUGAAUCAACAAAGAGGUCGUCGUUUCAGGUAUUUAGUAGUGCUUCAGUUAGGGAUAUAAUUAUGGAAAAGGGGCAUGUCGCUGAAAUUUAUUAUGACUCUGAAACUUAUAUAAAAAAAUAGGCAGUGUCUAUUGGUUAUUAUAUAGAAAAGAAAAAAAAAAUUAAUGCAGCUGCAUAUUAAUUUAUUGCUGAUGUAAUUAAUUUUAGGCAUAAUAUGUGGAGGACUGGGUUCAUUUUGAAGCAGAAUGAAAUGGCAGAAGAAGACGUUUUAGUCAAAUUAUUCUUUGUUAUGAUCUUUCAGGUUUUCCCCAUCUCUGUAUGUUAUAUUUCAUUUUAGGUACACAGGCUGUGGUAUUUUCAGUUCAUCACAAAAGAUUUCAUUUUAUGAUUGUUUAUACUUCUAAUUCAGGUCUGCAAGGGAGGCAGAGCUGCUGAUUCAAAAAGCACAAGAAAGAGGAGAAACUUUACCCACAGAGCAGCGUUUUGAUUCUAAUUGCAUAACACCAGGUAAAGCUUAGCUUCUGUUAAACCUCAUGCCCAAUUUCCCUUUAAUUUGCUAUAUUUUCUUAACUUAUAUCAGCCUUAACCCUUUGAACCCUUGGCUCCUGGGCCUAAAAUACCCAUGUCCCCUGGCUCCUGGAGAAAAUGUCCACACCCUGACACAAGCAUACAAAAAUCAAAUGAUUAUAAAAUUAAAUAAAUUGUAUUUAUUUCAAUCUAAAUUUGUCUGUUUGUAGUCCAUAAGUAUAAUAAAAUGUAUCACAGAGAUAAAAUUGUCUUAGAAAUGUUGUAAAAUGGCAUAAUAAAAGGUCAUUUAUACUACCCUUAUUUUUCAUAAAAGCCAAGGCCAGGACUAGGGCUAGACCUUGUGUUGUUUCUUCUGUUCCCAAAGCACACAUCGAUAGCACUAGAAGUUGAAGUCAAUCGAUCAUCACUAUCAUCGUCUAUUUGCUUUAUUUCAAUCCUUUUUCAAAACACAAUAAUAGUCCUUUGAAUUAUGUACAUUAUCAUAAAACUAUUCUAGUUUGAGUCUUUUAGAAAGCAAUUUUUAUAUUUUAGUCACCUCUAUCCAUCGAAAAACAUGAUUAAAACAUAACAAAAACAAUGCAUUCAUGGGUGCGGCCAUUACUGUGAACUUUUGCAAGUCAGGUGUUAUAUUUACAACACGUGUUGUAUUUACAACACAUUUUAUAUCUGGACUGUUGAUCUAUGAUAAGGUAUGGGAGACCCAAAUAUCUGUCUGGCGGGGUGUGGAUUUUUAAGGCGCAGCAGUGGUUUGCCACCUGAUAUCUGGAAUGAGUUAAUUCAUUUCUGAUUUUUUUUUUAUAUUAGUGCAGUUUUAGAAAAAUAUAUUAACUUCUGAUGAUUUUCUUUUCAUUAUUGUCUUAUUUAGUUAUUAGUAUCUGUUUUUAAAAAAUGUAUUUAUUGGUGUGUGUACUUUUGAUAUGUUUAAAUAUGUUUUUGUUUAUAAUUGCUGGGGUCAGAGGGUUAGUCAUCAAGAAAAGAUUGUGAACUUUUGAGGUUAAAAAUUUGGAUAAAAGGCUGCUUGCUUUCAGGAAAAGUAUUUUACUUUCUUGACAGGCACACCAUUCAUGGUAAGACUACAAGAUCAUCUUAAAUAUUUUGUUGUGGACAAGAUAACACAUGAUCCAUUGUGGCAGGGCCCUAAGGUUUACUUAUCUGGCCAUGAGGUAAGUUAGCAUGGACAAGAAAUAAAGGAUUAGAUAACUGGUUCUGAUAACUGAAUAUAUUGAAUGCUUUCUCCUUUUAAUUGAUAAAAACUAUAACAAAUUCUGUUUUUCUAAACACACACCACCCCUCUGUCUAUCACUUUUCUCAUUAAUUUUCACAUUUAGACUCCAGGAGAGGGAGAACACAAAAUCAUGGAUUAUAUCCGAUAUUCAAAAAGUCAAUCUGAUCAUGACCCAGAUACCAGACAUUGCUUGUAUGGACUUGAUGCUGAUCUGGUGAGUAUUGAGCAUUUAACCUUGUCACAUUUUGCAAAGUUCCUUUACACUUUAGCGGAGCUUUGUAGAGUUAAGGGGCUUCCCCAUAGAAAUUGAUUCUAAAAUAUGGGCUCCAGCAAGUCAAAAAGGGUUGUAAAACCACUGUUAUGCAGGAAAGACUAGAAACCAAGCACACUCAAUAACUUAGCACAAUAAUUUGACAUUUUAACAUUCGGGUUAACAUGCACCUUACUUUCUUUAGAUUAUGCUGGGACUCACAAGUCAUGAGCCACAUUUUUCAUUGCUCAGAGAAGAAGUUCGUUUUGGUGGUAGGAAAGAUAAAAACAAAAGGUAAAGCUCUAAAAAAACAUUAUUUAACCAUAAUUUUUGCAAAUUUCACUUCUUACCCCUCUUUUCCCCCUCUAGCUUGCAUUAUUUUUUUUUCUAAUAAUAAUUUAUGAAUGCCUGAAAUCGUUGGUUUAAUCAAUUAAAUAUUUUUUAAUUUGUUAAUUUAUUAACAACGGGUGUUUGAUGUAAAAUGGUUAUUUAUAUUGCCCAUUGUUAGGCCUGUAACUCCUGAAGAAACAACAUUUCACCUCCUUCACUUGUCUUUGAUGCGUGACUACCUGUCGUAUGAAUUUUCAAGCCUGAAGGUAAAUUUUGUUCUAACUGCACACUAGACUAUAAAGGCAAGGUUUUUUCACUUUCAGCUAUGAAAGAUUAAGUGCACGUUUUGUUUUCCUUAACUAACAAAAAGAAAUCAAAUAUUAUUUAGCUGAGAUUAUCGUUGAAUGGUAUUUCCUUUUCUACAUAUGUUCUGUCAUAAACACGGUUUUUAAACAAAACUGUUCUCCAGGGCAAGUUACCUUUUGAAUGGAAUCUUGAGAAUAUUAUAGAUGACUGGAUCCUGAUGGGUUUUCUGGUAGGCAAUGACUUUAUACCUCACUUGCCUCACCUGCACAUACAUGCGGAUGCUUUGCCUUUGCUUUGGAGAACAUAUAUGAAUGUGCUGCCUCAGCUGGAUGGUAAGUGUCGACGGGAGUAAAUCUUACUUUACAGAUAUAACCCAAUAUUGGGAUAAACUCUAGGACAAAAUACCGAGAUAUAGGUUUGUACAAAUUCAGUUUCUUUUAAGAGAUUUGACAUUUUAAAAGUUAUUUUGCUAACUAAUGCAUUUCUGUUUGGACAGGAUAUAUCAAUGAAGCUGGUCAUCUCAAUCUGCCUCGCUUUGAAAAAUACAUGGCUGAGCUUUCAAAGGUUGGAAUGGUUUUGUUAUUGCUGUCUCAGAGAAUGGCUAAUUAUUCAUCCUAUUCAGAAAUACUUUUGACCUAAUUGUCAUGGAGAUUUACCUGAUAUUCAUAAAUAAAAAUUUAUUUUGACCUGUUAUGUCCAUAUUUUAUCAGUGACGAUCUGAUUAUGACUUUUUUUGCCCCCAUGGCUAAAUGGUUCAGCUUCACUUCAAUGGCUUUCCUGUGAGUUAAGCCACUGAUAUAAUCAUAUCAUUAAAAUGAUUUUCUGUUGGGGAAUAAUAUUCAAAUUGUUCCUCUAGUGUAGUGUUUCCCAAACUUUCAACAUCUGUGUACCCCUGUCUAUAAUUUUCAUAACACUGAGUACCCCUCAUUUUUCUUUUAGUUGGAGCCUUUUGAAAAAAGAAUAAUGAUGUACAUUUUAUAAAACAUUUUAACUCUAAUGUCAUCAAUGAUAUUCUCUAUAUUUGCAGUUUGAUGAGGACACAUUUGAAAGUGCUUUCAGUGAUCUCCGCUAUCUUGAGAGUAAACUGGGUGGGAAGAGCAUCAAUGAAAGUGCUGGAGCCAGCAGACAAGCUGGCAAAUUAAAGAAAUUGAAGCCUGUAAUUUUGUAUCCAUUUUGAUUGGAAAUUCUUUUGUGAUUUUUGUUUCUCCAAUACCUUUGUUUAAUAUUUGAAUUGCCCUUUCUCCCUAUAUUGGACGGUCCAACUGACGUACAAAUGUAGUAUAUUUUAUAAUUAGAUGAACAAUUUUUUUUCGUUUGUUGUUUAGUUCAUUGUUAAACAAGAUGGAGUCCCCUUUGCUGCACUGGAAGACGAAAGCAAAAAUAAUGGUAAGUUGAUACCUGAGUUAUCCUUCCUUUCUUUUUAAACAAUUUGUAAGCACUGUGCAAAAUAAAGAUUAACAAAUGUUAUGAAGAUUUUUUUAACGCUGCCUCUAUAGCCAAUUAUAAUUUUGUUUAAAAAAAAAAUCUACUUCUAGUGUAAAAGGGACAGUUUUAUUUCUAGAAAUGGUUACAUUUUUUAAUACCAAUAUCAAAUAAAUAUUUGUUUUUAAGUAUCUCAGUUGCAUCACCAAGAUAGCACAGACACACUGCAAUUUAGAUUAGGUCAACAUAUGGGAACUGUGACGGAAAAGGAUUUGUAAUUGGUUUACUUAGUUUCCACUACGCCAAUGCAUAAAAAAUUGAAUUUAAAGGGACUUUUAAUUUUUUUAUAUUUCUGAGUUAUAUUUAACAUAAAAUAACAUCUGAAAGUUUUAGAUGUGCUCCCGGAUGAAGACUCUGGUAACACUGAUGAUGACAGCGAUGCUGAUGAUGAACAGGAGGAUGACGACGAAGAUUUGAGUGAUGAGGAUGAAGAGGACUACAACACUUUUGGGGAUGAGUUCAGGCUUCACAAACGGGACUACUACAUGAAUAAAAUGUCUUAUACUGAAGUCACCCCGUAAGUUUCACCUAUAAGAGUCUAUUUUAGCACUUGAAUAUGUUUAGAGAUUUGCAAAUCUGCUAGAUGCUUGGAUGUCAUGGCAAGUGUGGGAGUCAAUUACUACAUAUGCCAGCUAGGCCUGGUAACUUAGUAAGUUUCUCUUUCUGCCUGUACAAAUCUUAUUAUUAUUUCCUCAUAUCCACCACUUCCCAUGUUGCAGCAAUGUGUUAGAAGAGCAGGCCCAUGGCUAUGUGAUAGCCAUUCAAUGGAUAUUGCUAUAUUACUUUGAUGGCUGUCCUUCCUGGAGCUGGUGAGUUUUUCUAAUAAAUAAAGGACUGCAUUUAAGCUAUGUGAAGGAAAUAGUGGAAGAAGGUAUUGCAGGAAGUUGGGUUUCCAAGAUUACAGAAAGUUAAAAAAAUUUAAAUAAUUCUUGGUAAUUUUGGUUUUGGAAAACCAACUUCCGGCAAUAACAUUAAUGGCAAACACUUUAAGUUUUUGAACUAUUUUCUAUUUCUUGUUGUUUCUUCAUUUAUGGUCCUGUCUUUCUAUUUCAAGCUUGCACAUGCCUUGAGUUUUUCUAUCAUCUUUUAGCUGUUCUAUCAUAAAAGUAUAAGUUUGCUAUUUGGGCUGAAUUAGUUGUGUUAAUUUUCAUACUUCAAGUUUCAUUUCAGAAGCCACUGAAAAUAAUCCAUACAAAAUUUUGCUUUCAUUUCUACUUGACAUUUUUCUACUAAACAUUCUUGUCUGUUGUAGGUUCUACCCUCACCAUUAUGCACCAUACAUCAGUGAUGUCAGAGGUUUUAGUGAUAUGACCAUCACUUUUGACCUGUCAAAACCAUUCUUGCCAUUCCAUCAGCUCAUGGCUGUCCUACCUGCAGCCAGCAAGGAACUCUUGCCUUUACCAUUGCAGGUAAUGUCCUUUUUAGGAAUUAUUUUAUUACUCAAAUUUGAAGUAAGGCGUUUUUUUUUUUUUUAUAGCUAUAUCUAUAAAGUAUUUUUCAUUACCUGCAAAUUAAAAAUAUUUAUUAUAGAAACACUGAGAAAUUCAAUACAGAAAAGUUGCUUCUAUAGUUAUAUAUUCAUUUACUACUUAAGGGUAAUCCAUAAAUAAUGUCAUGCAUCUAGAGAGGGAUUGGGGGGGGGGGGGGGUUCCCCAAUUUGUGAUGAUGUAUUUUGAGGGUGUAUAAAAUUUGUAAUACAUACAAAUUUAGCCUGAUGUCAUUUAUGGAUGGCCCCUAACCUUAUUUUUCUAAUUGUUGAAGCAGUGCUGCUCCUAAUGUUAUUUUUUUUUCUGCAAGUUCAUUUUUAUUGAUAAUUUAUACUUGUACGUUCAUUUUUAUUGAUAAUUUAUACUUGUACAGCUUCUGAUGACAGACUCAAACUCCCCAAUUGUGGACUUCUACCCUGUCAAUUUUGAGACUGAUCUGAAUGGCAAGCAACAAGACUGGGAGGCAGUGGUUCUCAUUCCAUUUAUUGAAGAGGUAAAAACUAGAUUGUUUUAUUCUCACCCUGUUUUUCUUGUUUUUGUUGCUCAUAUUUGUCUCACUUAGUAUAUAUAUUAAUUGUAUUCUACUGCCUGGAGAACUAAUGCUUUCAUCCAAAGCUUUCAUCAAUUUGUUCUGUUUUUUUUUACCAAAGCUUAUACUUUGGACAUAGAACACGUCUUAGUCACUCACAAAAAUGUUAAUGUUAACUCACCUACCUUAACUUAUUGCUGAAAAGUCUUAAUUAUAAAAAGUGUUGGACUGCAAUAAAGCUUUAAAAUAGAUUAAUAAUACACGAACAAAUGUGUGCAAUGCAAUGUUUAUCUUGUUUGUUGCUAAUUUUUGUCUCAAUCAGCAUAUAUAUUAAUUGAAAAGUCUUAACCUCGUUGACUUGUGUCUAUGUGACUGUUUUUGUUUUUGUUUGAUUCUUUGCAAUGUAAGAUAGUAAAGAAGACUUUAUUUCCCUUAACUUUUCAAGCAUUCCAGACUGGGCAUCAGUGACCAACUGCUUCAUUUAGUUGCACCACUGUGCAAUGAUCAUUUUGUCAUUUUCAUUUCUAUCUUUCUGCUCAAGGAAUUCCCAACCAUUAUGGGUGGAUAUUUCCUAAUUAUGGCCACAUCUUUUAAAACAGCAGAAAAAAUAGCGUCUUUUGAAACUUGGUUCUUCUUUUAUUUCUACAUGCAAUCAGAAACGUUUGCUAGAAACAAUAGCAAGCAAGGAGCAUCUUCUUACUAAAGAGGAGAGAGAAAGAAAUCGACAUGGUCCUCAUUUUCUGUACUACUUUACUCCUGACAACCAAGGGUUCUAUCCAUCUUCAUUGCCAGGAGUAUUUCCUGAUCUUCAUUUGACAAGAGCCAAGUAAUAAUUAUUUAGUUAAAGGGAAAUAAAAGGGAUCUUAGUUUUGAUGAUAAAUGACAGUGAAAACUUUUUUUAGGGUACCAAUAAACCUGUCACUGAAUAUUUUUCAAACAAGUUAUUUUUUAAUAGCGUUCUUGUCAAAUUUAAUAAUUGUUUUAGUGAUGCUAACUAUAACUAUUUUUUUGGGCGUGUGCAAAAUAAAGAAUAAUGCUUCUAUCCCAUUGGUAGUGAACAAAAUAAUUUUUUUAUUUUUCAUUAGUAUGGUUGGAGACAAAACUUUAUUGCCAAAUUCCUGUUAUUUUUCUACAGGGUUACUGAGCUUGAUAAAGACAUGUUCCGAAUAGAUGUGAACAGACUAAGGAAGGGCUUGUUAGAUAGUGUCAGACUUCAUGUGUACUUCCCAGGUUUUCCUAAACUGAGGUUUCUGCCCCACACAGUGAGUAAAUAAUUCAUAUACUCCCUCAAAAUUAUUAUUUUUUUUGUAUGCUGAAUCUAAUUUAACCAUGUCAACUCAGUGAUUAAAAUAACAUUUUAAUUUUAUGUAACAUUGUGACAUAUUGUCAAUUAAGCUAUUUUUCCUUUUCAGCAUGAGCUGGCAAAGUGUGGAUGUAAAGUUUUCCAGCACAACAGCCGAGGAGAAAAUAUGCUUCUCAGAAUACAAUCAAAAGAAGGGCUUGUAAGGAAUUAAAAAAAAAAAUUAAAUGCAGGAAAUAGAAUAAAAGGGGUUUAUUGCCUACUAGUUAUGGUGUUCCUUUUGUCUCUUUUGUCAUUGUUCUCCAAUGCUAGCUGCAGUCUAUUAGUGUGAGAGAGGUUACACCAAAUCAGUAGAGAUUUAUGUAAAAAAUCUUUUAAUUCACAUUCACGUGCUUCUUUUAAAUAAUUGUUAAAGAGACUUGAUUGAAAUUUUUAAAAGCAACGUUUGUUUUAAAAGGAAAUUACGUUUAUAAAACCUGUGAAUUUAGUAUUAGUUUCAGUGUAUUAUUUCUUAAUUCGCAGCACAUGUUUUUAUUAGAAAUUUUAUACAUGGAUUUUAAAAAUGUUUUAUUUCCUUAUAUAACUGUGUUAUAUUUCUAAUAAACAAAAUUAGAAAUUAGAGGAAAUUGCUGAUGAGCUCCUUGGAAAAGAAACUUAUGUUGGCUGGCCUCAUCUUCAUGAGGCGAAAGUUAUUGCUGUUGCUAAUGAGACAUUCAAGUAAUUGGUUUACCUAAUUUCAAUAAAAUAUCCUGUGUUCCUUUCAUUUUGAUGAUUAAAAUAAUUUUUAUUGCACUAACUUGAGGAAAGUCCUCUGAUCUGUUGAGCUUUUUUACUCUUCCCUAAAUGACUUGUGUAUAUUAAUAUAAUUCAUGAAACAUUAAAAUAAGAUGCCUAUUUUCAUGCCUAUAGUGCAAGUUUAUUUACAAAAAUACCUUUUAUUUUAGGAAUUUUUAUUGUUAUUUUAUGAAUAAAUAAGGGUUAUGUGCCUUCUGAAAAUGUAAGGAGAAAAUUUCGAAAUACAUUUUUUUAAAAGGAAUGAUUACAGCUAGGUGUUUAUUUUUCUAUUAAUCUCAAAAAGCAAUUAGAAAGAUUUGUUUAAUGGUGUAUGUGGAGCUUUACUGUCUUUUUUUGCACUCAAAAUAUAAUUUUAAAAUUGAUCUCUUCCUUGUGCAGAAUUGAAUUGCUGGAAGAAUUUAAUAAGAAAGGUAAGAAAGAAGCAGCAGCCAUUUCAUUCAGUAGGAAAAAACUGACUGCUGCAGAGAGUGCAGUUGUUGGCAGGGAAGCGAUCAGCAUCAAAGAGAGGUGAGACUUUUAUAUAAUUUCAAUCAUAGUAUAAUUUGAAUAAACUAUUACCAUUUAAUUUAAGAAAAUUAAAAUAAAGAUUUUUGAUUUGGCUGGCAGGUCCUUUGCACAUAUCAUAAGAGAUAUCGAUAUACUUUUAUAUUUACUGUUAAAAAUGUUUUUAUAAAUUAUAUUAUGAAAAUAAUCAAGUAUAACGAUAUGCAUUUUUAAAAUAAUAUAGUUCUUAGACCAUCGAUCUUUUGAGAUGUGUCGAGACCCAUGCAUUUGUCCCUUAAAGUAGGGUUCCCCCAACAUUUGACAUGUGAUCAGCUAUCUAUUAGGAACUGAGCUCCACUCUGAAACAGACUGGACUAUUUUUGCACUUGAAUCAAACCCAAAACACCCUGCCCCCAGUCCUUGGAAAAAUUGCCUUCCACAAAAACGAACUGUGGUGCCAAAAAGAUUGGGGACCACUGCUUUAAGCCAUUAAAAUAGGACAUAUUCUAUGUAAAAUCAACACCUUGGAAGCCACACAGCUUAUAUUUAUAUUUAUUUAUUUAGGCAUUUUUAUAUAGCGCUUACCAUAAAGCUCUAAACGCUUUACAAUUAUUAAAAACAUGUAAACUAAGUAAAUAAAAAUGAGACACUAGGAUAGUAACUACUAUACUAUAGAAACAAUGAAAAUGGCUAUAAAACGAGGACACUUUGACACUUUAACACUUCAGCAUCAACCCGAAACAGAAAAUGAGGUAGGGCAAGGAGGGUGCAUCACAGGUCACCCCAUUUUAGUACAGAAUUUGAGAAUCCUUCUUUCUUUUUAAUCUUUUUUUUACCUCUGGUUUUGUUUUAGGCACAUGGAUCGCUUUGCCAUUGAUGUUGGAAACACAGAAAUUGUUAUAUAUGCUAGCCCAUUGACUGGAAAGAUGUGAGUACUGUGACUAAAAUACUUUUUAUCAAAUUUUGUUCUUUAAGUAUUGCAUUUUAAUUAACUUAUUUAGUAAAACUUUCAGGAUAUUGAAUGUAGAAGAAUUAGUUAACCUUUCAAUAAUGAAACCAUAACAGAAGAGUUGUGCAUUUUUAACCAGUCAUUUUUAAACCUAGCAGAAGCCAGGAGGCCAACAUGUUUUCUAAUCUUUUUUGUCAGUUUGUUACAAUUAAAAUAAUGCAUUUAUUUUUAAAGAACACAAUUAAAAAAAAAGAAAAUCUGGUUGCUUUUUAAUUUCUUGUUUUCCUGAGUUCUUAAAAUAAAUCUGUAAUCUUUUUGAUAGGUACACAUAUGGGGCCCUAGGAACAGUAACACUAGAGAAACAAUUUGCCUCUAAUGUUGCACCUUACCUACACCAAAUGACUGUCAAGGUUUGUUUCUUGUUUGUUAACAUAAUAUCGAAUAGCUCUUGUUACUUUCAAUUAGAAGCUUUAAAUCUUGGGUAUUUGUAGAGAAAUCUAGCCGAGAGAUCUUAUUGUAAUUCAUUGGUUAAAAAUUACAAUCGUUUGGCUUGAAGCACUUGUAAUAUAAAAUGUAACAAAGUUAUAAAAACAAAUCAAUAUGUCAAUAAACAGAUUUUUAGAAUGGAAGCUACAAAUGUUGAUAUUAACUCAUUAAAACUGAUAUGUCAAGACCCAUUUUUCAAGUGUGUCAAGCAUAAUUGUAAUCCUCUCUACCCUUAAGUAAUUAUUACCUGAGUAGCUCUUAUCUUCCCAAUAGGAUCUUGAGGUAGAUGACAAAGGCCCUGAACUAUUGAAAACACUGGAUGAAGUGUUCCCCCCUGGUUGUGACAUUUUCAUGAUUGGUACCCCUCACUAUGGAGCUCAAGGGAAGGUAAGUAUCACUGCUUUUUUAAAAUAAAUAUUCAAAAAAUUACAUUCCUGGUGAUGUUUCAUCAUUUAUUUUCUAUGCUCUUUUCAUUAUGCUGAGAGAGAAUACAGAUGAGAUUUAUUUCAGGGAUAGUUGACUACUCUUGAUUAGAUGAUUUGUUUUUAAAAUCAGGUAUUUCACCUCCCCAAAGAAAAGAGCUUUGCUGGACUUAUGAGUCCAUUCUAUCCAUCUAUCUGGUCAUAGAUGUGGAUGACCCUGGACUAUUUUAACCCACUACCUCAUGAUUAUGAAGCAGAUGCUCUACUUUAGUGCCACACAGCUUGUGCUGACAGACAUAAAAUAAUUUAACUCGGAGAGAGAGGAGCUACGUGGCUGAAUGAAAGUCAAAAUGACAUUCUAUUCUUACGUGCUUGAUCAUGUCAUAAAGUGAUAAAAUGAUAUUGUUGCUCUAAAUAAGAACAUAAUUGAUAAUAAAUUUGUUCAAAAUAUUUUCUCAAUUCAGGUGAAGGAGAUUCUUCACGAGCAUGGCAGAAUAAGAAUUUGCUUGGAUGUAAAAGAAGAACCAGACUUCAGAUGCUUAGGAAACUCUGUAAACACAUUGAAUAUUUCAUGAAAAUUAAAAAAAUUUUAAUAUUAAAUAUGUUAUGAAACAAUUAUCCAUGUGGUGUGGCAAGUUUGGGUGAGUGAGUACCCCUGCAGGCUUCCUAGGCCCCCAUCCGGAAGGGGUCUGUUCCAUCUCAACCGCAGGCUGCCAUGAUGGACAGUCUGCUGCACUGCCAUGAUGGACAGACUGCUGCAUGCGAAUUUUGGGGGUUGGGGGGGUGUAUUCCUAAAUAAAACUUGUGUUUAAAUAAACAGAAUGAUGGUUUUUUUGUGCAUUAUUUUAGCUUUAUGAUCCUAGGCCAAAGUAAGGUACUUGGGAUGUUACUUAGAUCUUAAAGCUUACUUUGGGUUGUCAUUACUAUACCAAAACUUGACCCAACAGAUCACUUCAGAGAAGUACUUGAACAACUAUCAGGCCGCCCAGCAGAUUGGGAUUGAUGGGCACAUAAUGUCUAGGAUCACUGGUUCUGUAUUUGUGGAAAAAUCUGGCCCUCAUGGAGGGAAAGCCAACAUAGGCCUUAACCUGAAAUUCACAAAGCGGGAGGAAGAAGUCCCUGGCUACACCAAAAAACUAGAUGAGGGCUGGGUUUACAGUUUCAAGUGUGUGAAAGCAGUGGAGGAAUACAUUGAUCGGUACAAUAAAAUUUCAGAUUUUUAUAAUGAAAAGUUAUUUCUAUAUACUGUUUGGAUGGACACUCCUUGUUGGCCGACUGGCUGUUGGGGUUAGUUUCCAACUUAUAAAGUCCCUCAAUACUUGUGAUUCUUCCUCACUUUCUUCUGACUUUGUACUCUAAAACAAUGUAUUGUUUUUCCAGUUUUCCUGAUCUGUGGUUGAGCAUUCAGCAGCAGAAAUCUAACUCUGAUAUUUACACUGAAGCCAAAUUAUUUCCUGAGGGCAGGUGAGUGAUUAUUUUUUUUUCUUUUUUUUUUAGAAGUUUUUUUUUAUUUGGUAACAAAAAUUUAUUUUCCAAGAAAUUAUUAAAUAUAGGGUAAAUAAUUUAAUAAAACGUUUUUUUUUGGAUUGGUUGCUGGCUGUGUAUCACACAUAAUAAUCUCCAGUUAUGUAUGUAUGCAUGGCUGUAAGGCUGUGUUGAAUGAGUGCACAAAAUAAAAUUCCCCGAAGCUAGGGCUAAUUGUGAUCUUCAUAAAGUGCAUUACUUGAAUGGAUGUUUUGUCAAGUAACUUUAGUAGAGGGCAAGUUCACGCAUUGCCACCGCCAUUGUUUGGAAGUGUUAUUUCUCGCAUAUGUAUAUAAUUAUUAAAGCUCGCUAUAGGGGUAAUAAAAAAACAAUAACAUUGGGUCCUGUUUCACUUUAUCCAUUAUGAAACUAAGUAUAGAUUCUUUUCUUUUUCAGUUCAUCCAAACUAUCAGAUGUAAUAAAGUAUUUGGAAGAUCUGCCUUGCACUAAAGCACCACGCAUGAAAUUUGGGGCUGAAAUUUUAAGUGAGGACAGAGUCAAAGAGAUUGAAGAAAUGACUGUAAGUAGUGUAAGAAUUUUAAGAGAUGCUUAACAAAAUUAAGGUUUAUGAUAAAUACCAGUUAAAGAAAAAGGCUUUUCUAGUACAUAUUUAGGUGAAAAUUAUAUUUAGUACAUACAAUUAGAUGAAAAUUAUAUUUAGUUUUAAUUUUCUUAAUUAAAACAAGCCAAUAUUUUGAAUGGUAGUUGCUUAAUUGAGGUCCAUUGACAUAAGCAAUAAGUCAAUUGGUUUCAAAUCUUUAUAUGGUUGAAUUUGUGAUAAAAAUGCACACUUCUGUGCAUUCUUGUUGAUCAAUAGGUAAACCAAAAUUGUAUUUCUAAAUGAAACACUCAGCUGCUUUUUUUAAAAAAAAAAUUUAAAUUUUUUUUUUUUUUUAAUUUUAAUUUUUUUUAUUUAAAACAUACUAAAGGAAAAAAUAAUUCUAAAUGUAAUCUUCAUAAAAUGUUUUAUCAAAUAGAUUAGAUUAUCAUUUGAAAGAAAAUAGCACACCCCCAUCAAGUUAAGAACUUCCAUUCAUCAGAGCUAUUAAUCACAGCUAUUAUUGAAAACUAUAUGCCUUACCAAAGUUAAUUGUUAGCAAAUUUAUCUCCGCCAGGCAGCACUGAAUCCUGUUCCAGACAUUGUCAAAAUGAAAGUCAAGCCCAGACUUUUAUUUAGAGUAGGUGAUCUUAUUUCUUAUACAAAUUUUUUAUAUAUUUUCCAAAUCAACAGAUUCAAAUAGUAAGAAGUAAAACAAAUUUUUUUAAAUUAAAAAAAAAUAUUUUAGUUAUUUUUCUCAAGAAGAAAAACUGUUUAUUUUUUAUCAUGUUCAUGUUAUUAUGAGAUUAUUUAAGAUGGGGAGAAAAUGUCAGGGAGUUAUAGUAACAAAUUUAUCUGUAUUAUGAGCUGUUUAAACUAAAAAUGUAUUUGCUUUCUAUAUUUCUCCAGCCCAUGGCAAAUCAAGGCUCUCUGGUCCCUGAUCCGGAUGCAGAUUUUUUUCUGUACGACAGAAUUGUGGUAGUAAAAGCCGGGUACUCGGUGCCAUUUGGUAAAAGAGGAACCAUUAUAGGGAUACCUAAAGAAGAUGAUGGAGGCAUCACACCUCACAGUUUGUAUGAUGUGGUGUUUGAUGAGCCAUUCUUAGGGGGAAUAAAUUUGAGGUAAUAUAUAAUUGUAACUAUAAUAAAGUUGAUGAAACGUGAGGCUACUUAUAUCAUGUUGGCCCCAUCAUAUUAUUGUCAGAAUCUCUGCAUUGAAUUAUGUGCAUAUAUUUUUAAUGCGUAGUGACAGGUUUUAUAAAUUAAUUUUGUUACUUACUGUUCUAUAGUUUUGCAAAUGUAAUGUUUUAAGAUUUGGGGAACAAUACAUAACAAAGGACUGAAAAAGCAGUAUACCUAGAAAAAUGAUGUCAAAGCUAGUGAUUAUAUAACAAAGGACUGAAAAGCAGUAUACCUAGAAAAAUGAUGUCAAAGCUAGUGAUUAUAUAACAAAGGACUGAAAAGCAGUAUACAUAGAAAAAUGAUGUCAAAGCUAGUGAUUAUAUAACAAAGGACUGAAAAGCAGUAUACCUAGAAAAAUGAUGUCAAAGCUAGUGAUUAUAUAACAAAGGACUGAAAAGCAGUAUACAUAGAAAAAUGAUGUCAAAGCUAGUGAUUAUAUAACAAAGGACUGAAAAGCAGUAUACAUAGAAAAAUGAUGUCAAAGCUAGUGAUCAUAACAAUGUUCAAUUUAAUUAUACUCUUAAAUUUAGAUAAAAAUUCAAAAUCAAAUAUGCAGAAAUCAAAAUUAUAUUAACUUGCAGCACAGCAAGUGAAAAAGUAAUAUCCUUGUGUCUAGAGAAAUGAGUAAAUAUCUCUCUUCUGCGGCUAGUAAAGCUGCCGGCCUAUGUAUAGGGAGGGAGUUAGAAGCCCGCCAGAUAAGAAAUUCUAGAAAUUGCAUCACCCAAUAGCAUUCUUUAUAGCAAAUAGAGUGUAAACAACCUUUUCCCAGUCAAGGGAGUAUUGGGGUUGGUACAGUGCUGCACAUUUAAUGGGUCAAUAUCAAGAAGAAAAAAAAGGAAGGAGGGUAGAAAAGUGGAGGUUGCCACAGCGCUACAAUGAAGUAAAAUUAGGUCAACACAGAUUUAUAACAAUAUGCUUAAAAUUGUUAAGAAAUAAAGUUGAAAAUUGAUUUGAAAAAAUAAACCUGACAAAAUUCUGCUCUUUUGGAAUAGCAUUCAUACCAUAUUUAAAAGGCACACCAUGUAAUUUGAAAUGAUUUUUCCAAGGAGAGAAAGGGCUGCCUCAAUUAAUUUCCCAUAACACAUCAGGAUGACUUGUUGAUCUUGCUAAAGCACUUAUCAACAUAUUUCUUAACUUGGCAUGGACAAAAUAUUUCUUAUCUUUUAAAUAGUUAUGAUACACUGUUGAAUUGGGAUAGAAUAAUAAUAUUCAUUAAGAAGGCAACCCAUUAAAUUUUAUGUAAAUUUCUUUUUAAAUCUUUUUAUUCAUUUAACUUUAAAUAAUCAUGUGGGGGUGAUGGAUAGUAAACAUUUAAUAUGAAGAUUAUCAUGCUGUAGAAAUGCUGUGUAUCAGCUUAUUAAAACAGUGCUGUGAAGAAAAAAUCUGAUCUUGUGCCAAAUUAGCUAGUGUUAAAAUGUUUUCAUUUGGUUGAUCAUGUUGCCAAACCCACUGCUCUCAACUGCUGUACUCUCAGGUGCUCCCAAAAUAAAGGCUACCGAGUGCCAGGAUCAGCCAUGCUUAAUCUCACAUUUGGUGAGUUUAGGAAAUCUGUCAGUUUAGACCAGAGGGCAGCUUUGUCCAGGAAUUCUGCCAGGUACAAGCUUCUUUGAUUUUCAUUAUGCCCAAGUUAAACCACCAAAUGUUCUUCAGAUGCUCUGUAUAAACAAUGUUAAUUGACGAAGUGAUUUUAGCCAGAAUAUUUUACUUUGUAUUGUCCUGCUUAAAUGAAUCUACCCCCUUCUGGUAUAAACAUGUUGGUGAUGUCAUUUAAUCCUCUAAAUUUAAAAUUUAUAUAUUCUCAAGACUUAUGUUUUAAAAUAUAAAAUUUCCUUAUUUGAAAUACUUUCUUCUUGCAAUUUUCUUUGCAUACACUGAACUUUUUAGUCUCUACUGAUAACAUCAAAUUACCAAGAAAACUCUAUCAUUUUUUAAUCUCAGAACGUUUUUUAAACAGAACAGCAUUUUUUUAAUCAAUCAGUUGAGGAAAUCAAUAUAAAUUACCUUUUGUUGAAGUGUUGAGUUUCUGUUAAUAAAAGGAAUGUAAAUUUAACAUUCUGAUCAUCUGCUUACUCAGAAUGCAGCAGACUCACUCCAGUGAAAGGUCCAGCUACAACGGCCAUGGCAGUGGGUUUAGCUCCAGCCAAAACAACAACAAUGCCAUGGGGCAGAGGCAGCCCUACGGUGACCGUGGUGGUGGUGCCUACAGUGACAGGACUGCCUUGUGGAAACAGCAACAGCAACAAUACUCUUCUAGAUCCUUUCAGAACUCACAGUUUCAUCAACAGCCUGUCAGGUGGGAGAAUGGGCAGCCAACAUUUGGACAAGUUUUUGGUUUUCAAAGUCAGGUGAGCUCAGGUCAUAUAAAGAGAGUGGUUCUUGAUGUAUUUUUAUGAACCUGAUUAUUUCUUUUGGCGCAUGCAGAUGUCUUGUUGAAGUAAAAAAAGAAAGAUAAUUUGUCACCGCUCUUACAUUAUUAAAUAUAAAUCUUUGAAAUGUCAUAGUUUUGUGGAAAAUAUCUGUGACAUUAUUUGAAACUUAUUCACACCAUAGAGUAACAUUUUUAACAAUGCUAGUGUAUAUCAGCAAAUUAUGAUUUGUAAACAUGUCCUCAACUGUAAAUCAGUUGAGUAAUACAUAAUUAUUUGAUGAUGAGAAAAAAUAAUUUUCAAGAAUGUUUUCCUUUCUGCAAUUUAAGCAUAAUUAUAUUGAAAGUUGAUAUCAAAAUUGUAAUGAAUUGUUUCGUUUUUUAGUAUUAACAUAAAGUUUGAUUUUGGAAUUUCAUGGGCAGAAGGACAGGAAGAGAGAGUGUGGUAGAAUUCGAAUGUUAAAGAUGGCUGUUUUGCUCUCGCAUUAAGUAUAUAGCAUAUAGCAUUGGGAUAGCUAACUUACAAUCUGAGUGGAUUAUAAUGUAUGUGAAGUGUGUAAGAUCAUGACAAUUAUAUUACUCCAAAUUGAAGAUUUUAUUUCUGGUUUGUGAAUCGUACUGAGUAAAAUAAAGUAUAUAGUGAUGCAAACAUAUCCAAUCUGCCUCAUGCUUUCAUAGAAGUAAUUAUCGUAAUAAUGAGAAAGCACUAAGUCACGACUACAACACUGGAUAUAUAAAAACAUAAAUUGUAGGUAACAGAAGACCUGUGUUCAACAUAUAUAAUCAAGAUGUUACAAAAAUAAAGUUUAUAUUAAAAUUAUAUUUCAAUGCCAUUUAUUAAUUUAUAGGUUAGCAGAAAAAAGUUGAUCAUUAUAUAAGUAAUGUUUAACUCAACCUAAUAGGGAUUUACUUAAUUCGUAACACUUAAAAAAAAUAUUUUUUUUAAAUAUUAGCGAUCUACUCAACAAACUUGAAUGUUGGAUCUAAACAGAUUAAAAAAAAAUUGAAGGUGUCAAAUUUCCAUUCCCAACAUGCCAUUCACUAAUAAACAUAUAAUUUAUCAUCCUAGUAGCCAUACUAAGGUAUAUUUCUACAUGAUAUUUUAUCAUCCUAGUAGCCAUACUAAGGUAUAUUUCUACAUGAUAUUUCACCAAGUUAAUACAUGCCUGUAAUACAUGACAGUCAUUUUCUUUCUGUUCCAGGGUGCAGGUAAAAGUCAAGGGGUGACACCUCCUAAAUUUGUGACUCCUAAAGUUCAAGGUCCCCAGACUGUGAUGCAUAAUACUACAACAACUCAGGCACGUCCAUGCCAUUUAUUAAAAUCUAUGUUAUUCAGAAAAAAAGCCAGACAACCACCCUCAUAAUUUGGUGGAAAUGUUUUAAUAUUUAAGUCUUGUUGCUAAUAUUUCAUAUUCAUUUUAUCAAAGGUGAGGAACCUACUCACAAUACCUUUUUUUGCAAAAUAUUUUUUUCUUUUAAGUUUUAAAAAUACUUGUUUUUGUUCUACCACUGCAGGAUAACAGAGGGGGUGCAGAGAAUAGUGAGUUUGAUAGUAUAUGGAAGAACCUGCAGUCACACAAGGUUAGUUUAGACAGGUUCAGCAUGCUAGGGGACUGUUCUGUCUGACAAUUUGUUGGUGACAGUUUUUUAUUUCUCAUGUUUUGUGUCAGUUGUCAUCUCUGGAGUCUUUUAGAUUUACUUUCAUCUAGUCAUUUUAAAAUGUGAACAAAAUUAGGUCCUUUCUUGUAAACACCACUAAUAAGCCAUAUGUUCAACAAGUAAAGGACAUUAUCAGCAAGUUGAUUUUCAUAUGUAAUGUCAUUUUUUAGAGCUGGAUUUGUUGCAUCAUAAGAUUAAUUAAAUUGGCCUCUCCAUUUAUUUUGUUAUCCUAAAUAAAAUGCCAUUCAAAUUCUAAAGUAGAGUCAAUUUGUUUUUGGAAUACUAAAAAAAAAAAAAAUUGUACAAAAUAAUUAUUUUUCAAAUGAUACUGCAUAAAUUAUGCAAGCUUUCUUUAAAAAUUAAAAUUUUUAAAUUAUUUUUUUCUAAAGCAUCUCACCCAAGGCUCCAAAUCAUCUGAACCUCUACCCCAGUUGCAAGGCUUAUCAGCAUUACAACAACAAAAGGAUCAGCCAGCAUUGCAGCAGCCUUUAACUCCUCAGAACGCCCCCCACCCACGGCCCAUAUUUUCUGUGCCAGGGAACGUGAUCCCUGCUUCCAGUCCGGCAGUCACGUCAGCUGGGACCCACUCCCUGACCCCUGUGUCUGUUCAGAGCUUGUUUGAUAAUGCUUCAAGACAAAAAACUGUCCCUGAGCCCCGCGAAGGCCCAGAAAAUGCUGAGUUUUUAGCCAUGUUCAAUACUUUAAAGGUUUGUUUGAAACAUUGUCAGCGAUAUUUCAUUGUAGUUUAGUGAUGCUCAAUUGUUUUUGUCUCUGCCUUUCAAAUGUGUCUUGCCUCACAUCUUCCACCAUUUGUUGGUUAAUAAUCAUCCAAGUUUAAAAAAAUGAAAUGUAAAUGAAUGUCAUCUCGUUUAAUGGAUUAGUCAUUUUAUAAACACACAUGUAGAUCCAUGCUUUUCUCCAUACUAGAUCCUAACAUUUCAAAUGAUGAAUUUCCUACCAAUGAUUUUUUUCUUCUGAUGCCAUUCCCCUUCAGUUCACUGCUGAAGCCAAACAGUCGAGUAAUGUGAAUGCAGCUGUGACUUCUCUCCCCUCAUCAGUAACUGUGCCAAGGGACACCAAAUCAUCAGUUAUUAUCUGCUUUACUUCAAAUCUGCUUUCGUUUAAUAAUUUGUUUGAUUUUAAGAUAAAAGAACAUGCAUGAGAUUUUAAUUAAAGAUAAUUACCUUGUAAUAUUUUUUGCGCACAUGUAAACAAAAAAAUUCUUAAAUGAACUAGUUUUUUUUUUUUUUUAUUGAAGUGAGGAAACACUUAUCCAUAAAAUGCACUAACAAGGCCAUCAUUUACCCUCAGGCUGAUCUAGCACUGAAACAACUACUGAAGAUUGGUGUAGAAGCAACAGCUCCGCAAACUCUUGCAACAGCUACAACCACUGCAAGUGAAACAACACCCUCUGUUUUACACAGACAGCAAUCACCAAAUAUUGCACAGCAGGCUCCUGCUGUGUCUGCUGUCCUGCCAACAGGGCAGUCGGAGUCCAGAAAGUCUCCUGGAAUUCCCCCAGCUUGCAUGAGACAGGUGUCCUUGCAAGAAUUGUUUGAUGAAGGUAAAGGGUAAUGCUGUAAAAAAAUUUGUCUUGCCUUUGCUUUGUUUAUAAAUUUGACUCAUAAAUCUCUAUAAAUGUUUGAUAUGAUCUGACCUAAGAUAAAAUGGACGGCUUUGAUUAAUUUUAAAAUUCUGUCCUUUUUAAUCAAAGUUUGUUUUUCUUGUAACAAAAGCUGUCCAUACAUUUUAACAGCAAAAAACCACCAGCAGCUGAAGCAGCCGCCAGUCUCAGAAUCCCCUAAAUCAGGUCAAACGUCAUCUCAAGUCACUGAAAACAGGUGAGAACUUGGUAGUAUUUUAAUAUUUUAUGGCGUUCUUUUACUGUGAAAUAACUUCUUGGUUAUUUAUUCCUUUUUUUAUCUUAAAAAAAAAAGAGAAAUAAAUAUUAUAGAUUUUUAUAUUCUUCUUAAUUUGUUCAUUUUAUUUGUGUGGUUUUGUAGUUAUGUAUAUAUAUUACCUGCUAAUCAUGAAAAAUCUUUAAUGGAACCACAAACUGUUUGCUAAGAAGCUAAUCUUAUGCAUUCUCUCUGUUCAUUCUUAACACUGCAUAUCAAUGGUAGCUUUAUUCUUAUAUUAAAAAAUAUAUUUUAAAAACUUUAAUCUACAUUUAGGGAUCCUAUUGCUGAGCUAGAAGUUUUUUGUAAAACUCGUCUGAAUCAAGGUACACCACAGUUUGAUUACAAGACCCAACCCAAACAGGCAAGUUGGCUCACUUUAAACAUUUUACAUUUGAAUUGUAAAAAAAAUAAUAAAAUCUUUCAAUAAAAUUACCUAAAUUUGCAAUACAAACCAAUAUUCUUUCACCUGAUAGUUCCAUUUUAUUGUAAAACUGAGAUAAGCUAUUGAUCAAGUAAUAUGAUUUUAACUGUGCAAUUGGGCGAUAAAAUUAUCAGUUUGGGAUCGAAAGCUAAUAUAUUUAUUUGUUAUUUUGUAGAAUGGCUACAUUGCAAAUGUGAUUUUGUCCAAUGGCCAUCGGUUUGAGGGGUCACUGUGUAAAACCAGAGCUGAGGCAGCAAAAAGUGCUGCCAGCAUGGCUUUGCUCUGCUUGGUAAGUCAUAGACACAAGUUGACAAAUUUAAGUCCACUCUCUCUCACAAAAUGCGCUUGUAGCUCAACAUUUUUUAAUCAUUUAAAUUGCUUAAAUCGAAGAACAUUUCAUACCUUGAUGCCCUAAGUAAAGUUAUGCAUGUCGCUUGCUUCUCUGUGUACUACCCGCCAUUAUACCCACCACCUGCCAUUAUACACACCAACUACCAUUAUAAUAAUACCUCCCUCAACACAUAGCCUUCUGCUAUAGAUUUCCUCCUUAGCUGAGCAGCGUUGGUGUUGACAAUAUAAUUCACUAAAAAAAUAAUAAUAAUAAUAAUAAAGUUUAUUUCAAUUAUAGUUUUUUUGUUGACAUUGUACCACGCUUCGAGCCUUUGGGGAUGAAGCGUGUUUUUGAAAUAAACUUUAUUAUUAUUAUAAAAAAAAUAUCCAUCUUUUCUUUUUUUACAGAACAGCAGACCCAAUUUAAACCACCCACUACUCACUGGUUUUAUGCCCGGAGCUCAGCGGCCAAAUGUUAACCGUUUCUUUUCAAUAAACUCAGCUUUCAGCCCCAUUGGACUGCCAGGUAAGGUUUUAAAAAUGUAACAAAAUUAUAGAAUUCACAGAAUAGUUUUAGAAUAAUGAUACAUAGAUACUAAAAUGAAGCUUGCAAUCAAUAUUGUAAUGUUAGGACUUUGCUUUGAGCAUUAAUUUGUUUUGAGUUUUUUGUGUAAAACUUUUCAUUGUGUUUAUGUCUCUGUCCAAUCUCCUCACAGGCCCUAAUCCAAGUCUUCUGCCUCGACACCCUCCAGUUUCUGCACCAAUGCUGCUGACACCCCAACAUUUUAUCAACCAGCCACCCCCUUCCAUCACCAUGCAUCACCUUUUCCAACAACAGCAGCAGAUACCUUAUCAGAGCACUGGACAUCACACUCAGAACUUUGGGCGAGAGGUAAAAUAUCAGCAUUUCUUGUGAGACCUAACAUUCUAUUGAUCGUAAUUAUUUCUUUUACUGUGGUUAGAUUUUUAUUGUUGCAGGUGCCGUGCCAUUUUAGGAUAAUUUAAAAAAAAAUCUUUUACUUUUGUUAUUACCCAGGAAAAAAGUUUUUAAUCCCUAAUGUCUGGUGUAUUGUUUUGUUCUAUGUUUCAGAAUCUCAUGUCAUGUUCCCUAAAAAAAUAUUGACGUUCACCUUUUAGCUGAAAGAAUUGGACUCCACCAAAUUUUUUUUUCUGUAGAUUUUUCUUAAAAAGAGGAAUAACCACUAAUACUAAUCACAUUUAAAUAAUAGAAUAAAAAAAAACAAAAACAAGGCAGAAGAUUCCAUUUCAGUUGUUUUUGUUGUUGUUGAAUAACUUAAAGCUGCCAUACAGCUAUAAGUUAGAGCUAAUUGGGUGUCCUUCUCAACAGCAUCCCAACAGGCACCCGCAGCAGAGAGGACCACAAAAUCCAUCACCGCAUUCUUUUCAAGGCCAGGCCAUUCAAGGCCAUCUGAAUGGUGGAUCCAGUCAAUCUGGUUCCAAUUUCAGUAUGGCGGCGAUGACACAGGCACCAACCACAACUGGGUCAUCGUCUGUAAGCCAGCAAUUUAUUCCUCUUCAGGUAAAGAUUUAAAUCAAAAUAUUUUGUCCCACGUAGUGAUAGCUAACUUUGAUUAAUCAAAAGUUGAACACAAUUCACUGGAACUGGAAAAUGUAUUUAUCCGACAGUGUUAUUGCAAAUUACAAAUGGAAAAUAAGUGUUUUAGUAAAGCCAGGACUGAAAGGAGAAAGUUUUCCUUUAAAUGUUGUUAGCAAUUUUUUAAAAUGUUCAAUAAGUCUUUUUCAGUGCCAAGGAAAACAAUGAUGGUGGUGGAUUGAUUUCUUAUUGUGAUGACCCUGAGUUUUUAAAGUAGAAACUCUUCUUUAAAAAAAUUGGAAACACAUCUUACAGAUAACUCUUAUGAAUAAUUAACUCUUAUGAAUAAUUAUAUUUGACUGACAAUUAAUGGAAAUGGGAAGAAGUUGCGUUUAGUUUUCCCUGUCAACCGGAAAAAAAAAAUCUCAGCAGUUCUAAGUAUUAUUGUACGUGUAUGGAUAGUUUUAAACUUGAAUAUAUUGUCGACAGGUAUCACGAAAUCAGAAGCAUCCAAACAAGAGAAGGGAGAGUGAAUCUGAUUCCCAAUCUGUUGGUGAUGCUGUGACGCACACUGUCAGCUCUUCCCAUCAUGAAGAACUGUUAACAAAGGAGACAGCUACUCCAGGGCCACCAUCUCAACCUGCAGGAAAUAUUGAUCCAACUGCUGGUUGGAAGGAAAACACAGAUAGGAAUGGAAUGCUUUCCCACGGAAGUCAACCGUCUGUGCCCUCUUCAUCAAUCGCAGUACCAGGUGCACCCUCAAGGUCCUCAGUACAAUCCGGUGACAAGAAAAAGAAAUCACGGAUUGCUGCAAAAUUUGUAAAAAAGUGAAUCUAGGUUCUACUUUUUAAAGCUGUUUGCAUAUAAUUUUAAUUUUCCAUCAGAUUUAAAAUCAUUUGAAAAGCCUAAGAUAAAACAUCCUUUUAAAAAUGUUUUUAGCUCUCAUGAAUAUUUGAGAUAAACAAACGAAAAAAUAUAACUAGAAUAGUUGAAGCUGUAAUUUUAAUGACAACUCACAGAGGUUCUGUCCAAUCAUCUUUCUUUCUAAUUCUUGGGUGCAUUUGUUGAUAUCAGUUUCUGGUCAAAAGCUUUUUGUUUUGACAAAGUGCAACCACAGAUGAAGAUGCUUCAAAUUACAUUUUUUAAGUCUCAUCAGUCGGGCACGUAUCUGGAUUUAGUGCACAGCAUACAAUUUGCUUUGUGAGUGCAUAAAAAAUAUAAUGAAAUAUUAACAUACUGAAGUAAUUUUAAUACCCAUUAAUCAUGCCUUUUAAAGCUGAGAUAUUAACACUAUUUGUUUUAAGUUAAGAAAUAGGACAUAUGAUUUGUACUGAUUGUACAUUUUUAUUUGUAAAUCAAAAUGUUGCAACUACCAGUCACAAAAUAUUUUUUUGCCCACUCCAAAGGAAAAGAAAAAGCUAGAAGACAAGAUGAAAUGAAACAGUUGUCUUCAGUGAGGGGCUGAUAUGUCAUUUAAAAGUCUUUCUACUCAUUUUGAUUAAGUGUUUGCUGAUUCAGUAAUAAGUUUAGUAAAGGAGAAUGUUUUAGUUGUUCUUGUGACAUGUUCUUUAACCUCUCUCUUGUAUGCCUGGAGAUUAUUUGUUUUUGGUAAUACGUUUUGGUGAAAAUUUACUACUCAUUUAAAGAAUGCUUAUUUUUCAAGAUCUACAUGGAGUUAAAUUUAUAACUGAAAAAAAAGACAUAAUUCAGAUCAUUAUUAAAUUUGUUUUGCAAGUCAUAUAUCAACAUGAAAUAAGUAGAUGAAAUCUUGAUGUUCACAUCUCAUUGGUCAAAGAGCUUUAAGAAAGAAUCGGCCAGUGUAUUUCAGAUGCAAGGUGAAAAAACAAACCCAAAAUCGACAUUUACCUUCUCUUUGUGUGCUUACAUUUGUUACAUUUAGAAUUUUUUGUGUUAUUAGCAGUGACUUUUAUGUUAUGACUUUUACGUUGGUCUGUUGGAAAUUGUAUUUUUGUUCUAUUUGGUCUACAAUUUAAUGAUUUCAUUUUUUAUCUAUAAUGUCAUCAUGCUUUAAUUUUUUUUUUUCUUCUAUCUGCAUUUCAAUAUUCAUGAAGAUGUGCUUGUGGUUUUAUCAUAAGAACUUCUUAAAGAAGGAAAUUGACUGAGAAAGUAUCAAAUCGGAAUGGCAUGGACAGGGUUGAUGAUGUUAAAUUUCUAUUUCGGAUUCUUCCAGUGUGAUGCCUUUUCAAGAAGAGUGCUUUUACGGAUGUUAUAUUCUUCCUUAAAUGAGUCAUUUUCAUCUCAUUCUUUUCAAGAGUUUUAUGAACCUUUUGUUGAUAAUACAGUUUAUUUUUUAUCACAUUUUGAAUGGUUAAAAUUAAAUAUAAACAUCUUGUAUCCACCUCACAGAGCAUUUCUUUUUAGUUACAGGGCAUUCAUAGGUUUUACUAGUGGUUUUCAACAUGCUACAGUGGGCAUUGCCCUUUUAAUUUCUUAAGAGAAGCCAAAAGCUUUACAGCAGAUUUGGCUUAUAAAUUGUAAUGUUUUUAAUCUGCCAGUUUUUAAUUGAAAGACAUUACAGUUUUAUUUUUAAGUAGCAAUAACGUUUUCAUUAUGCUGAAAUGUUACGCAGAAUAGCUGAUGACUGGCAUUAAUGAGUCUGACAGUUUUUAUGAUAUUAUCCAACUUAAACAAAAUUAAGUAUAAAAUUAGUUAUAUAAUACCACUGGUGCCCAUAGUAAAAUAAUAAUAAUAACCUGUGUAAUUAGAAAGAAUGAGAGAAGUGUGACAAUUAAUUUUUAUUUCAUCCCGCUUGAACAGAGAGUCCUGGUAAAAUUAGCUUGACUCAAAUGCUGGCCAUAAUAAAUAGAAAUUAUAACCUAUGUAAUUUAUUCUUUUAAAAUCAAAUGUACCAGAAACUCAUUGAUUUAUUAUUUUUUCUUUCUGAUCUAUUUGGCAUGCAGACAAAACUCAACAAAGUUAUACAGUUGUGUCCCUUUUCCUUUGUCCAAUUGUUCAGAAACUUCUUACUGAGCUGCACCAGUUUUAGGGUAACAUAACAUUAAAAGAGGAGGACAUUUUUGUUAAAUAGGAUGCUAGAAGCACAAUUCUAAAACAAAUGUGGAGGAUUCAGAAUAAAAAGAAACCUCACAAUAUACCAUUCUCUGACCAUCUGAAGUUUAGCUGUCUCCCUGUUGGACAAGAUGUAUUUUGGCAUUCACUGUUGCAAGUUAAAAGGUUUCAGUUGGUGAAUCCUGUCUGCAUGGAUAGAGCCAAGGUCACUGCCACAUCUUGUCUCGUUUGGUAUUCUCCUUUUGACAGAGCAUUGUCCCCCAUUGAUAUUAUGAACUUUUUUUUCUGGUGUAGGCAAGAAGUCUGUUUGAAGAUGUGGGGUUUCUAUUUACAAUUAUGAAGUAUGGGCAAAAUCCUGAACACAAACUUCAUGUCUGUAUACAUGAAACUGCAGGACUCAUUUCUUCAACAAACCAAUGGACUGAAUUAUUUGAAUUUGUUUUUGAGUUUCAUAUUCCAGUAAAACCCACCAGUGGUUAAUUUUUUUUUUUUUUCUUCUUCAAAGUUCAAUAAUAAUUUCAAAUAUUUUUUGCUAUGAUCAUGAUUGACGAAAUAGUUUUUCUGUCAAUGAGUUGUGUUGUUGUUUCUCUCAAAUCACAUGCAUCUUUUAAAUGAUCUGUUGUAACUCACGAUUGGAAUCAAGCCAAAAGAGCUCAGUUCAUUUUUUUCAGGAGCUGACUACCUGGAAUGUCUAAUCGCAUACCGGUACUCAUACUAUUGCUCCGACAGCUUGAGGGCUCAUACAUCAAUGUCCUGAAGGUUUCUUUGAUCAACUCAUUUUGGCUGGUAGGAAGUAGAAGUAGAAAGUAAUCUUGACAUGUGUAGUCCACAAAAAUGAAGAGAGCUAAGACAGAAAGCAAAUUCGACACGUGGGCAGCCUAGUAGAAUGAAGAGAGCUGAGACUGGUGUGAUCAUUUUGAGACGGUUCUUUAUGUAAAUAUCAUAAGAGUGUGCAAAGUGCAGACUGUAUAAUGUUUGUACAUAAAAUAUGUUUGAGAAAUAGGAUUACAUACUUGCAUAGCAAAUUUUUAAAAACUUGCAAAAUGUUUGGUCAUUCUUUUGUUCUUUUAGGAAGCUUUUUAUUUGUUGAAGUUGCUCUUCAUGUAAUGUCUUUAUCUUAUUAACCUAGUGUGUGUGUGUUUUUUAAUGCACUUAAGUAAGUAUAUUACAACUCCGUACUUUUUCUCCUAAAAACCGGCAAUAAAAUAGCUAAAUAACUUUCA